AUGAUGAUGGUGCUGCAGCCCGAGGGCCUGGGCGAGGGCCAGGGUCCCUAUGGGGGCCAUGAGUACAUGGAACAGGAGGAGGACUGGGACCGAGACCUGCUCCUGGACCCCGCCUGGGAGAAGCAACAGCGGAAGACCUUCACAGCCUGGUGUAACUCUCACCUGCGUAAAGCUGGGACCCAGAUUGAGAACAUUGAAGAGGAUUUCCGCAAUGGCCUUAAACUCAUGCUGCUCCUGGAGGUCAUAUCUGGUGAGGGGGGCCUGGGGGGGCCUGAUGUUCUCAAAGAUCCUCAAGGCAGAGGGGCUGAGGCUGGGCUCAAGGGAUGGCCGGAGGUGGAGGGGGGGAGAUGGGGAGAUGGGGCGUGGACAAGUGGGAGCCAUAUGUGCUGGAAGGACGGCCUGGCCCUCUGCGCUCUCAUCCACAGGCACCGCCCUGACCUCAUCGACUACGCCAAAUUGCGCAAGGAUGACCCCAUCGGCAACCUGAACACCGCCUUUGAGGUGGCCGAGAAAUAUCUGGACAUCCCCAAAAUGUUGGAUGCAGAAGAUAUCGUGAACACCCCCAAGCCAGAUGAGAAGGCCGUCAUGACAUAUGUAUCCUGCUUCUAUCAUGCCUUUGCUGGAGCUGAGCAGGCUGAGACGGCUGCCAACAGGAUCUGUAAGGUGCUGGCGGUGAACCAGGAGAACGAAAAGCUGAUGGAAGAAUAUGAGAAGCUGGCCAGCGAGCUGCUAGAAUGGAUCCGGCGCACCGUGCCCUGGCUGGAGAACCGGACGAGCGAGCCCAGCAUGAGCGCCAUGCAGCGCAAGCUAGAGGACUUCCGUGAGUACCGGCGUCUACACAAGCCGCCCCGCGUGCAGGAGAAGUGCCAGCUGGAGAUUAACUUCAACACUCUGCAGACCAAGCUUCGGCUCAGCCACCGGCCUGCCUUCAUGCCCUCGGAGGGCAAGCUGGUCUCGGACAUCGCCAAUGCCUGGCGGGGCCUGGAACAGGCCGAGAAGGGCUACGAGGACUGGCUGCUGGCCGAGAUCCGGAGGCUUCAGCGCCUGCAACAUCUGGCAGAAAAGUUCCGACAGAAAGCUUCGCUGCACGAGACCUGGACGCGGGGAAAGGAAGACAUGCUGAGCCAGCGGGAUUAUGAGUCAGCCUCCCUGCAGGAGGUGCGGGCCCUGCUGAGGCGGCAUGAGGCCUUUGAGAGUGACCUGGCUGCCCACCAGGACCGAGUGGAGCAGAUUGCUGCCAUAGCCCAGGAGCUCAAUGAACUGGAUUACCAUGAUGCCGCCUCCGUGAACAGCCGCUGCCAGGCCAUCUGUGACCAGUGGGACUCACUGGGGACUCUGACCCAGAAAAGGAGGGAUGCUUUGGAGAGGAUGGAGAAGCUCCUGGAAACCAUAGACCAGCUGCAGCUGGAGUUUGCCCGACGGGCGGCCCCUUUCAACAACUGGCUGGAUGGGGCAGUGGAGGACUUGCAGGAUGUGUGGCUGGUGCAUUCGACCGAGGAGACCCAGAGCCUCAUCACAGCUCACGACCAGUUCAAGGCCACUCUGCCUGAGGCUGACCGGGAGCGGGGAGCCAUCCUGGGCAUUCAGGGGGAGAUUCAGAAGAUCUGUCAGACCUACGGGCUACGCCCGAUCAUCUCCAACCCCUAUAUUAGCCUCACGCCUCAGGACAUCACCAGCAAGUGGGAUAUGGUGCGGAAGCUGGUGCCCAGCCGUGAUCAGACCCUACAGGAGGAGCUGGCCCGCCAGCAGGCCAACGAACGGCUCCGCAGACAAUUCGCGGCUCAGGCCAAUGCCAUAGGCCCUUGGAUCCAGGGAAAAGUAGAGGAAGUUGGACGACUGGCGGUGGGGCUGGCUGGCUCCCUAGAGGAACAGAUGGCAGGGCUGAGACAGCAAGAACAAAAUAUUAUCAACUAUAAGAGCAACGUGGACCGGCUCGAGGGUGACCACCAGCUGCUACAGGAGAGCCUGGUGUUUGACAACAAACACACCGUCUACAGCAUGGAGCAUAUCCGAGUGGGCUGGGAACAGCUGCUCACCUCCAUCGCCCGGACCAUAAACGAGGUGGAGAACCAGGUGCUGACCCGGGAUGCCAAGGGCCUGAGCCAAGAACAGCUAAACGAGUUCCGGGCCUCCUUCAACCACUUUGACCGGAAACGGAACGGAAUGAUGGAACCGGAUGAUUUCCGAGCCUGUCUCAUCUCCAUGGGCUAUGACUUGGGAGAAGCCGAGUUUGCCCGAAUCAUGACCAUGGUGGACCCCAACGCAGCCGGGGUCGUCACCUUCCAGGCCUUCAUUGACUUUAUGACGCGGGAGACAGCUGAGACAGACACAGCAGAGCAGGUGAUAGCCUCCUUCAAGAUCCUGGCAGGAGACAAGAAUUACAUCACAGGGGAGCAGCUGCGCCGGGAGCUGCCGUCCGAGCAGGCCGAGUACUGCAUCCGCCGCAUGGUCGCCUACACUGGGCCUGGGGCCCCCGCAGGGGCUCUGGACUAUGUAGCCUUCUCCAAUGCCCUCUAUGGGGAGAGUGACCUCUGACCCCCAGUCCUUUCCCUUGAAUACCCCAGGAGUGUUCAUUUCAACAUCUGACCCUCUCCUUUCUUGGGCAGCACCUCAGCUGACUCCCUGAUCCCAUCCCCUCAAUUCUCCCCAUAAUGUCCUUUGACCCUCUCCGCCCAAGGCGAGGUACCUGGGAGCUCAGAGACACCUAUCACCUUAGACGCUCCCC